UCUUAUCAUCUCUCAUCAUAUCAUCCUUAUAUAGCACAAACCCCUCUCCUCCUUUACCACGCUUCUUCUGUGCUUCCCUAAAACUCUCUCUCUAAAACUCUCUCCCUCUCUCUCCCAGUUAGCAUUGCCUCGUCUAUACGCCAUUAAUUUCGACUCACGCGGUUUCAAAGCACAGUCUCUCACUUGACUAUCGACCCAAUGUCCAUGGAGCAGUACCCCCAAGAGGCUGUGGCACAACAUGAGUCCAAUAGGGAAGAUAUGACUUCCCUGGAGAAGUGGAAUACUGCCCCAGCCAUGGUCGAUGGAUCUGAAAACAGUCAGUCUGGUGGUUUCGACUGCAACAUCUGCUUAGAUUUUGUGCAGGACCCUGUGAUCACCCUUUGCGGUCACCUCUAUUGCUGGCCGUGCAUCUACAAAUGGAUUCAUUCCCAGAGUCUCUCUGCUGAAAAUUCUGACCAGAAACAGCCACAAUGCCCUGUAUGCAAAGCUGAAGUUUCACAAAAAACUUUAGUCCCGCUCUAUGGUCGCGGAAAAACUACAAAGUCAUCCGCAAGCAAGUCCCCACAUCUUGGUAUAGCCAUACCAUGCAGACCUCCUAGUCCCAGAUGCAGGGUCCAAACGCUGAUAACAGCCACUUCCACAAGCUUGCAUACAGCUCAUCAACUUAAUCAUCGCACUUAUCCUCAACAACAGCAACAACCAUAUUACCCUCACCCUGGCAGCAAUAAUGCUGAAAUGCCCAUGCUUAGCAUUGCUGGCACGACAAUGACUAGUUUGUUCCACCCGGUGAUUGGCAUGUUUGGGGAAAUGUUUUACGCAAGGAUAUCUGGCAACUCAGAAACAACUUCAUAUAAUUAUCCAAAUUCGUAUCAUUUAGCAGGAAGCAGUAGUCCUAGAGUGAGAAGGCAUGUUAUGCAGGCUGAUAAGUCACUCAGCAGAGUUUGUUUCUUCCUCUGCUGUUGCAUGGUUUUCUGUCUUCUCAUGUUCUAGUCACUCCUCUCUCUUCUUCCUAUCCACUGUAUAAUUGUAAAAAUUAUGGGUAUAAACAUACGAACAGUACAUGAAUUCAGCCAGAAAAUAGAGCUUUUGAAAUUCUUGUGCUGCUAUGUAUAAUUAUAAGUUCAAUUCUGACCUUAUAAAAAGAGCUUAUGAUAAAGAUUGUAGAUUUUUGAAGAUUAUAGUGACCUCAAGUGAAUUGUGCAUGUUCUAAA